CCUCCUUCCUUCUUUGUAGGGUUCGUGAAGAGGAUAAGGUGCGGUGGGGACGCUUCUACCUUUCUAGGAAGUUUUGGGAAAAUGGAAUCGAAUAAAGAAGGCAAAGCGAUUCGAGAGAUUGACGAAAACAGUAGCUCGCAAUUAACCAUGGCUAAUUUAUCCGACCCGGAUCCAGAAGCCCACCCCGAUAUGCUCAUGAAAGAAGAAGACGACGACCCGUUAAGGAAGCAAGAAGUCGGAUUUUUGCAGCCGAUGACGAAUUCGCUUAUCUUACAGACCAAACCGGCUCAGAAACGGCCGUCUAAAGACCGUCACACGAAAGUAGAAGGUCGUGGUCGGAGGAUCCGAAUACCCGUAAGUUGCGCCGCCCGGAUCUUUCAAUUGACCCGUGAACUCGGCCAUAAAUCCGACGGAGAAACCAUACGCUGGCUUCUUGAACGGUCCGAACCGGCGAUAAUCGAAGCAACCGGAACCGGUACAAUCCCGGCUAUCGCUGUUUCUGUCAACGGAACACUGAAGGUUCCGACGGAUUCUCCGCCGCGUCAUGAGAGCGACGACGGCUCCGGUGACCUAGUGAGGAAACGGAGGAAGAGAAACUGCACGAGUGAGUUUGUCAACGUUAACGAGCAAGACAGCUCCGUUACUUCUGGUCUAGCUCCGAUAACGGCGUCAAAUUUCGGCGUCAACUUCAUGAACGUUAACACGCAGAAUUUUCUGCCGUUUUGGCCCAUGGGUGCUACUACUCCUGCGUUCGUUACCGGUGGGCCGCAUCAAAUGGGCCAUAUGUGGGCCAUACCUACCUUUUCUGCUGCUCCGUCGAUUCUGAACGUUGGUACUACUAGACCGGUGCCUAGUUACGUCUCAAACGCUUCGACCGCUGCUGAACCGCAGAUGGAAACAAGCGGUGGAGGCGGUGCGACGCAAACGCUGAGGGAUUUUUCGUUGGAGAUUUAUGAUAAUAAAAAAGAGCUCCAGUUUUUGGGUGGCUCAGGGGACAACAACUCAUCGCCUUCUUCAUGUCCCGAGAGUUAGGAAAAUUUAAUUGUUGUUUAAGUCUUGUUGUUUAGGUCAGGUCAUGAUUUGAGCAGAAGAUUUGUAAAAGAGUUGGUAGAAGAAUUAAGACAGAAGUAUUUUGAUUAGGGGUUUAAUUAAUGAGAAAUAGCAAAUUCUAGUUAUUAAUU